GGUACAGACUCUAGCCACGUAAAGAAAAAUAUCCCUUUUCCUUACAUGAUCAGAGUCUAGUCCAAGCUUUGGAAAACAGGUUGAAGAAAGAUCCCAGAUCCUUAAAUUAAAUCUAGGAGGAAUUCCUGCUUGAGAUGGGAUGAGGUACCAAAUAUUAAUCUGUGAUGCUGAAGAUCGGAAUGAAUCCCCAGUCCCAGAGUAGCCAGAAACUCAACAGGACAAGUCGCCUUCAGCAAGAGGAGACUUACUAACCGCGCAGUGGCUAAAACCUUAAGAGAGCCCUGGGACUGGGCGAGAGAAAGAAAAGGCGACAAGCUUGGGGAGCGGCUGCGACCAGAAAGGCCUCUUCCUCUCCAGCCUCGGCGGAGGCAGAUUGGAUGGCGCGGCCUCCACCCCAGCCUUUGGCUGCCGCCUGGGCCUUCCCGUCGGCUCCAGCGGAUGCGAGUUGGUUGGCCAGGGGCGGGGAAGGGGCUGCGGCCGAACCUAGGAUGGCUGGAGCGCACCAGCUGCACAACAUCUGCGGAGCCGGAAAGAAGUUCUAGCGCGCCCCAGCUCGGGCAGGACGAGACUGAUUUAACGAGAUUCAAGAUUUUUAAUUACCUGUGGAUUCUGAAGAGAAGGUGGAAAAGGAAACAGGGUCCUACAAGAAAUAGAAUUUGCAGAAUCUAAUCCGAGAGGUUUUAUCUUCCAAGCUUUUGGACCUAUGCUGGAGCUCAUCCUCAGAGAAUUUCUCUCUGGCAGAGUGUGUAUGAAAAUAGAAUUUCAUCCUCCAUCUAUCAGUGAACCAAACUUUCUGAGCAAUAUAGAUAGCACACAAUCAAGAACUUAACUCCUGUUCUUUGAAGGUACCAUGUGAACCUGUCUUGGGAUUAUUCUAUUUCUGGUGUGCUGUUUAGACCUCCUGCUGCCACAAAUACAACAGAAUGUCUCAGACGCAUGCAGCAAUCUUGUCAGAUUCUCCUGCGAUUAUCAACCAUAAAGGAGAUGUCUCAUCUCAGAUAUCUGCAUGGUCAGGCAAGUUGCUACCGGUAGUUGCAGUGGAGAAGACUCCUGAGGCUGCUAGUUCACAAAAGAAAGAAAGAUUGUGUGCUCAGCAUCAGGAGAGAUGGAUCAACACCCAGGAGCCUGAAAACAAAGAAACUUCCUAUGGCUCUUCCAGUCUUCAAGAUUCCUUUCGCUCACAUUUUAGUUUUAUUCAGCUCUCACUAAACUCAGCCUCUGAAGCCACUGCAGGUGCAUCAGGAAGUAGGGAAUCUAAAGAAACUGUGCAAUUUGGUGGAGUAGAGAAAACAGAAAAUAUUAAUUUUCAUCUACCUGGAGAAGUCCAAAGGAUUUCACAAACGGAACUGUGGGCUUCAUGUAGCUCCCUGUGCGAUGAAGUUGGUACCUGUCUGUCAGAAGCUGCCAAGGAUGACAUUUUGCAGGACUGUGGGAGGCUCGCACCUUUCCACCCAAAUAAUGCAUUCUCUUCUUCCAUGGAUUCUUUAGAGGCAACAUCUGCUGAUUCGUCGGUGACUUCAGGCUAUGAGAGUUGUGGCAUUGCUAGUGACCACAGUUGGGAUUUUCUGAUGAAGGAGUAUGAACCAGUACUACAGGAAUGUUUGUUGGGCAAUCGAUGUUUAGUAAAGAUAAAAUCCUUGAUGAGAAAACUUCAGAAGCUUCAGGAGAAAGCAGUAGCUGAGGAUGACUAUGAGAAAGCUGAUAAAUUUAGAAGAAGACUUGAGGAGCUGCAUAAAGAGAAAAGUUGGCUGAAUUUUCAGCUUCCUUCACAGCAUCCUUCCAUUAGCAGCUUCUUGGACAAAAUCAGAGUCUACAUUCAAAUGAUAUUGUAUGAGGGAGUUCAUAAGGAAAGGAAACGUCUCCUAGAAAAAAGUCAUCAGAAGAUAUUAAGUCUUCCUUAUCAUAAAAAGAUACAGGUUCCAGUUACAAAAUGGGAUCAGCUGCUUGAGGAAAAGAAGUGGAUACAGAAAGAAAUUGAAGUUCUUAGAGCAAAGCUGGUUGUUCUGGAAGCUAAAGAUCAACAGUUAAAGACAGAAAUUCAAGAACAAGACUGCCAUAUUCAUGAGCAAGAUUAUGAACUGUCUACUUUGCUCAACUGGAUGUCACUCAAAGAAUUGCAGACAAUUGGCAAAGCCUUGGCUGAUAUUUUGGUGGCCUCCCAUAAAAUUCCAUAUAGUUUGGAUUUUCCAGAACCUGUCAAAAGGCUUCAAGAAAAAAUGCAAUCCCUUAAUAUAUCGAUGACAGAAACUGCUGCUGAAGUAUGUGCUAGUCAGAGGCUCUGCAGUACGUUAAGGAAAAAAGUGAGACACAUUGAGAUUCAACUUCCAGUUCUUCUUGAAACGAAAAUGCUUGCUGCAUCAGGAGGUAAUUUCUGUACUGCUAAAGAUCUUGCAGAAGAAAUUCAAUCACUAACUGCUGAAAGAGACUGCCUGAAAGGGCUGCUCAGAGAAUGGUCAACUCUGAAUGCCCAAAAUAUCCAAAAACUAGAGAGAGGGAAAGAACGUUACAAGAGACUGAAGGAAGAAACAGAGCAAGAGGAGUUUGCGUUUGAGAAAAAGUUGAAAGAAAACACUCUCAAGUACAUGGAAGUGCUAGAAGAAAAACUGCAAAGCUGUAGAAAAAGCCAUCUUUUAGAAAGAGUAUGCGAAAUUGACUUAGAAGCUUGUCAGCUGUUGAUCCAUGGAUUUCUGCUGAACAAAAAUGGCUCUUAUGUUUCGGAGGGAGAAGAGAGCCAGACUGAAGAAGUAGAGGAUAUGGAACAUGCCUUUUUAACCUCGAAGUGGGAACAGUCAAAUUACUUUUCAGUUAAUAGUUCCAAGCAACUUAUUGGAAAGAAACACCAAAGUACACCCUGCGAACUGAAAGAGGAAUUUGAUAUGCUUUCUACAGAAUUCACAGAAAAAUGUGAAAGAAUAAGUAAGAAGCUGAUACUUUUGGAAGACCAACUUCAGCUAGCAGUCUGUAGCUAUGAUGAUGAUGACUUUGUUCAGUCUCUACAAAGAGAGAUCCAGAUGGUGAAGGAAACUCUCCAGGCCAUGCUGGUGCAGCUUCAGCCAACUAAGAAGGCAGGAGAAGAUGCUGCUGCAAAUUUCCUUGGUGACAGCUGGCGUCUGGGAAAGGAAAGCUUAAAGGAGUAGAAGCAGGAAGAUGGAAGGAAGAUGUUUAAUUCACGAGGCUUCCUUGCAAGAAUGGAAUACCAUUUAAUCAGACUUCAAGGAUUUUCACUAUCUCUGCCAAAUUAAUGACAGCCAAAUCUACCGUAUAUUCCGGCGUAUAAGACGACUUUUGAGAGCGUCGAAACAGCCUUUGAACUCGGGGGUCGUCUUACACACCGAGUCGUCUUAUACGCCAGAAAUAAGGUAGUUUCCGGCGUAUAAGACGACUUUCUAGACAUGCGACUCAGCAUCGAUCAUCUUAUACACUGGAAAUACCGGUAGUUUCCGGCGUAUAUGACGACUUUCUAGGCAUGUGACUCGGCGUCGAUGGUCUUGCGACCCAGCAUCGAACUAGGGGGUCAUCUUAUACGCCGGGUCGCCCUAUACGCUGGAAUAUACGGUAUUAUGAAGCAGGGGAGGUGGGGAAUAGAAACCGGAGGUCUUCCCUGAGAAAUAGUGGUGCUUGCACAAUUCAGCCAGAUUCUAAAAACAGCUUUCAACAGCAGCCCACCCAUCCUUUCCUAAAAGUGGUAAUUCCAAAUGAUGCCUUACAGAGAGAUUUGAGUAAUGACAACAUAUUUACAAGCCCCUUUGCUUAGUUCACAGGUGUCAAACAAGCGAUGUCACGUGACGUGUCAUGAUGUAUAAUUCUUCCUGCAUCUGAAAUGCAACCUGGAAACCCAUACAUUCAGAAGUCACAGCAGCAAGAAUCUUUAAGAACAAUAACCUAAGGAUGUUACAAGCACUGGAAUAAUUCUAUCAGACAGUGACAUCUGGAUAAGAUUGCUGGGAGAAUAACAUUUUUAAUGGACACAAAUUUGUUUCAAAGUGAUGAGUAUUUCAGAAUUAGAAAGCAAGAUAAGCUAUGAAAAGGGGCAGUGACAAUGAAUGCAUGAAAUCAGAUAAAUAUCCAGGCAGUUUACAUCCCACAAAACAGUAUCCAUGAGAAACAGUUUGUGUUAGCUUAAAGUGCUGGUGACACACAGUUACUGACUGAGAUGCCACUCAAAACCAUUGUAGUUUGAAAGGGAGGAUCAUAAUACCAGUCUUUCCAGAACACAAUCACAUUGUUUUUGAAAAUCCCCCCCAAAAAAACCAAAAAAAAAAACCCAUCCAUGACUUUCUAAGAACAGAGGCACAGGAUAACAGAAUAUCAAUGCUUUCCCCACAAAUAAGCGGCAUUAUUAAAAGAACCCACCUGACUGGGGUAAAAUGCAUUCUGUUGCAUCUUUUCGUCCAAAGUAUAUUUAAGAGAAAAAGACACAAAAAAGCAAAGAAGAAACCCUAUUAACUUGAAGCUGAAACUAAGAAACAAAUUUUGCUAAAUGAAAUGAGGACUGUACAUACCCAUUGGCACUCUGUAUAGCAAUGAUUAAUAUCGAAGGAUCACAUAAUUGUCUUUCAGUUAUUUUCAUUUAGUCUUGAAAAUUGAGAGCAAAUGCUUGUUAAUUCUAGAGGCAAAACUAUUUAAAGAAUCAACUAAUGAUUUAAAAAAACUUAAAAUUUUUGAUGAUGAUUAGCCUGAUUAAAAUAUACACAAAUGUUUGAAUGCUUUUUUAAACAUACUUUUUAUAUAUAAGCAUAUUCAUUAAUGAUUCUUUAUUCAGAAUGUGUACAAAUAAUUUUUAAAAGCUGAUCGUAUAUAGCUUAUUGUAUGUUAAACUUUCAGAGUUUUUAGCCACAUCUAUCCAAUUAAAUUUUAUUUAUAUGCAAUUUGUUUGAUGUCUUUGGGAAUGAAAAAAAAAACCCCAAGAGUUUCUGAAAUUCACGCCAGCAGCGAACACAGGAAAUCUCUGUGUUUUGUUCUUCGCAAUAAAAUAAAAUAAUAAUGA